UCGUGUCAUUGGCCGGAUUCUCCCGGAACUCGCUGUCGUGGCGCAAGAUGGCCGCUGUGCUGGAGGUGGAAGUCGGGGGACCCGGGGAGGCGGCUGAGGAGGUGGAUCUGUCUGAGUUGGCCCCUGAGGAAAGAUGGAGGGUAGAACAUGCCCGCAUGCAUGCCAAGCACCGAGGCCACGAAGCCAUGCAUGCCGAAAUGGUGCUGAUUCUCAUCGCCACCCUGGUGGUGGCCCAGCUGUUGCUUGUGCAGUGGAAACAGAGACACACGCGCUCCUACAAUAUGGUGACUCUCUUCCAGAUGUGGAUUGUUCCCGUCUAUUUUACAAUGAAGCUGCACUGGAUGCGGUUCCUGGGAAUCUGGAUUCUCUUCUCCCUAGUCACUGCUUUUAUAACCUUCAGGGCCACCCGCAAGCCACUGGAGCAGACCACUCCUAGGCUCGUAUAUAAAUGGUUUCUCCUCUUGUAUAAAAUGAGUUACGCCACUGGGAUUGUGGGAUACAUCGCUGUGAUGUUCACGCUGUUUGGUCUGAACUUCCUGUUCAGGAUAAAGCCAGAAGACGCCAUGGACUUUGGCAUCUCCCUCCUCUUUUAUGGCCUCUAUUAUGGGGUACUCGGAAGGGAUUUCGCUGAGAUGUGUGCCGAUUACAUGGCAUCCACAAUAGGUUUCUACAGCGCGUCGGGUAUGCCCACCAAGCACCUUUCGGACAGCGUGUGCGCCGUAUGUGGACAGCAGAUCUUUGUGGAUGUCAAUGAAGAGGGUAUCAUCGAGAAUACGUACCGGCUCUCCUGCGACCAUGUUUUUCAUGAGUUUUGUAUCCGAGGCUGGUGCAUUGUGGGGAAGAAGCAGACAUGUCCGUAUUGCAAGGAGAAGGUGGACCUGAAGAGGAUGUUUAGCAAUCCGUGGGAGAGGCCUCACGUCAUGUACGGACAGUUACUAGACUGGCUACGUUACCUAGUGGCAUGGCAGCCCGUGAUCAUCGGACUGGUACAGGGAAUUAACUACUGUUUGGGCCUAGAAUGAUCCCUCCGUUUCCCGAUCCUAAGAAGAUCCCCGGCUCUCCCACCAUCGCGGGUCCUGGAGGAGAGGAAUGCCGAGAAAGAAGAGGCCUUCUCCGGAUUUUAGCCAUUGGCAUCUGGAGCUGCUUGGACUCUCAACAGUGUUAGCAGCCUGCACUGGAGAAUCACUAGUUGUAUUAUUUAUUUAUUACAACGUAAUGUCUGUAAGAUUAUUAUUUUUUUUUUUUUUUAUUCCGCGAUAUAUAAAUUUCAGAAUUUAAAAUUUUAUCUUUAAAGUGCUGAAAGGGUUCCAUCCUCUCUGCAAAGGAAAAUCGUACUUUAGCUCCUCGACUGGAGAGUGGAACUUCGUGGAGGACACGGCUUGUGGAGCCAGGAGGAUGUUGAGCCAUUGUCCUCUCAGAAUACCAAGCGCCCAUCCUCGCAAAGGCACUCACUUUGCUGUUCUGUCUAGGAAUCUGGGUUCAUAUUUAUGUUUCUGUUGAGUUCCCACCCUGAUCGAGAGCUACAAAAACGCUUUUUUUUUAUGGAAUCCACGUUCUACACAAACCUACCACCAUUUGCUGCUCUGUGAACCCAUCAUCUAAAGAUUUGGAUUGUUUAUACAGUUCACUUUUCAAUGUUUUUUUGUUUUAAGGAGAUGUUCAGUUGGGUGAUGCCUUUCUACGGCACAGGGAUGGGCGCAACUUUUUAAAAUCUCCCCCCCCCCCCCUUUUUUUUUAUUUUUUAUUAUUUGGACACUCCAGAAGGUUUCCUUGUUUUAUAUCGCUGUGUACAUGCGGUAUACAUUGUUUUCACAUCAGAAUCCCCCCCCCCACCCUUUGUACAAAAAAUAAAAUAAAAAAAUGGACUCUGGAAAUGGUAUAUUGGAAAAACCACUUAAUAAACAAACAUUCCCAUGUGUGGGAAUCUCACAUGUGUUAAAUUCUGAUUAAAC